AUCUGGAGCCACGGUCACUGGAUGCCAAGCAUUGGUGUUCGGACGUGAGGAACGUGCAUUCACUCACCCCCACAGCUGAGUGGCUUCCUGCGUGGAGACGGUGGGUGCAGCCACUCACAGCUCCAGACUUCUUCUUGCCUUAUACAGCAAGGGCGCUUUCUACAAGCCGAUUACAACACAGGAAGUGAGUUGUUUCUGGGCUGCUGCCAUAUCGUCCCGAAACGGUCGCUGCAUCUCGACCUGUGGCGGGGAGAAGGAAGUGGGUGCCAGGGUUGUGAAGAGGAUACACCCCCCCCCCCCCUUUCUUCCUGCUCACCGAGGGCCGCCCCGAACUUCCCCUUCCAGGCGUUUGAGCCCUUCACAACCCCGGCAGGAUGAUAGCCGCACAAGUUUUGGCCUAUUUCUUCACAGAAUUAAAGGCCGAUCAAGUUAAAAAGAUUGACAAAUAUCUAUAUGCAGCACGCCUCUCAGAUGAAACCCUACUUGAUGUGAUGGCACGGUUCAGGACUGAGAUGGAGAAAGGACUAGGGAGGGACACUAACCCAACAGCAACAGUCAAAAUGUUGCCCACCUUUGUUAGAUCGACUCCUGAUGGAUCAGAGAAAGGAGACUUUCUUGCUUUGGAUUUAGGAGGGUCCUGUUUUCGGAUUUUGCGCGUGAAGGUGUCUCAUGAGCAACAGCAGAAGGUGGAGAUGGAAUCCCAGAUCUAUUCUACCCCAGAAGAUAUUAUGCAUGGCAGUGGCUCACGGCUCUUUGACCAUGUUGCCGAAUGCUUGGGAGAUUUCAUGGAGAAGCAGGAAAUAAAAGACAGAAAGCUUCCGCUUGGUUUCACCUUUUCCUUUCCCUGCAGACAGACCAAACUGGAUGAGGGUGUUCUGAUCACAUGGACGAAAGGUUUCAAAGCAAGUGGAGUGGAGGGAUCUGAUGUGGUGAAGCUCCUGCGCAAGGCUAUUGACAAGAAAGGGGGCUAUGACGUAGAUAUUAUGGCUGUGGUGAAUGACACUGUGGGUACCAUGAUGACCUGUGGAUUUGAUGACCAGCGCUGUGAAGUUGGCCUUAUUAUUGGUACUGGAACUAAUGCCUGUUACAUGGAGGAGCUGAGGCACAUAGACUUGGUGGAAGGUGACGAAGGACGGAUGUGCAUUAACACAGAGUGGGGAGCAUUCGGCGAUGACGGCUCGUUGGAAGACAUCAGAACAGAAUUUGAUCGGGAGUUGGAUCGUGGUUCCCUCAAUCCUGGGAAACAAUUGUUUGAGAAACUGAUCAGCGGGAUGUACAUGGGAGAACUCGUAAGGCUCAUUCUUGUAAAGAUGGCAAAGGAAGGGCUGCUUUUUGAAGGAAACAUCACACCAGAGCUUCUUACCAAAGGCAAAUUGGAAACAAAGCAUGUAUCUGCCAUUGAGAAAAGCAAAGGAGGUUUGGUGAAGGCCAGAGAAAUCCUAAUGCGCCUGGGCCUUGAGCCAUCGGAGGAGGAUUGCAUUGCCGUACAACAUGUUUGUACAAUUGUUUCUUUCCGCUCAGCCAACCUGUGCGCUGCUGCUCUUGGAGCUAUCCUGAACCGACUUAAAGAUAACAAGGGAGUGCCACGGCUUCGGACCACAGUGGGAAUGGAUGGAUCGCUCUACAAGAUGCACCCACAGUUUGCCAGACGUCUCCAGAAGACAGUGAGGCGCUUGGUUCCUGACUGUGAAGUCCGAUUCCUCCUUUCGGAGAGUGGCAGUGGGAAAGGGGCUGCCAUGGUGACAGCAGUGGCCGAGAGACUGUUGUCACAGCGCAAGGAAAUGGACAAAACAUUGGCGUCCUUCACCCUCACGCAAGAGCAGCUGUUUGAGGUGAAGAGGAGGAUGAGGAAGGAGAUGGAGGUGGGCUUGCAGAAGAAAACUCAUGACACUGCCACAGUGAAAAUGUUACCCACCUUCGUUCGCAGCACCCCAGAUGGGACAGAAAAUGGGGAUUUUGUGGCCCUUGAUCUUGGAGGAACCAACUUCCGUGUUCUACUUGUAAAAAUCCGUAGUGGCAAAAGGCGAAUGGUUGAAAUGCACAACAAAAUCUACGCUAUUCCUCUGGAGAUCAUGCAAGGAACAGGUGAAGAGCUGUUUGACCACAUUGUCCAUUGCAUCUCCGACUUCCUCGACUACAUGGGCAUGAAAGGUGCUCGGCUUCCUCUUGGCUUCACGUUUUCUUUCCCCUGCAAGCAGAAGAGUUUAGACGAGGGUAUUCUUCUUAAAUGGACGAAAGGCUUUAAGGCAACAGAUUGUGAGGGAGAGGAUGUAGUCACUAUGCUCAGGGAUGCCAUUAAAAGAAGAGAUGAGUUUGAGCUGGAUAUUGUGUCAAUUGUGAACGACACGGUUGGGACAAUGAUGACAUGUGCGUAUGAAGAUCCACAGUGUGAAGUUGGUAUGAUUGUUGGGACUGGCAGCAACACCUGCUAUAUGGAAGAGGCAAGAAACACCGAGACGGUGGAGGGAGACGAGGGGCUCAUGUGCGUGAACAUGGAGUGGGGAGCUUUCGGUGACAAUGGAUGCCUUGAUGAUAUCAGGACGGAGUAUGACAACGCAGUGGAUGAUCUGUCAUUAAACCAAGGGAAGCAAAAAUAUGAAAAAAUGAUCAGUGGGAUGUACCUGGGUGAGAUUGUGCGAAAUGUGGUCAUCGACUUCACCAGACGAGGAUUCUUGUUCAGGGGGCAAAUCUCGGAGAGACUAAAGACAAGAGGCAUCUUUGAGACAAAGUUUCUCUCUCAGAUAGAAAGUGAUCGCCUGGCCCUGCUCCAGGUCCGUGCAAUCCUUCAGAACCUCGGCCUCGACAGCACUUGUGAUGACAGUAUCAUCGUUAAAGAGGUGUGUGGCGUUGUUUCCAAAAGAGCCGCCCAGCUCUGUGGUGCAGGAAUGGCCGCUGUCGUUGACAAAAUAAGAGAGAACCGGGGCUUGGACCACCUGGAGAUCACUGUUGGUGUUGAUGGAACUCUCUACAAGCUACACCCACACUUUUCAAAGAUCAUGCACAAAACGGUGAAGGAACUAGCUCCAAAGUGUGACGUGACGUUCCUGUUAUCAGAAGACGGCAGUGGAAAGGGAGCUGCCCUGAUAACAGCGGUGGCAUGCAGACUUCGUGAAUCUGGGCAGUAGGACCCCUUAAGGACAGGACAGCCUCCUGUGGCAGGGGCAGUAUCACAUAUCCCUUGCACCUCUCUUACUAAAACAGCUAUUGCUUGAUCAUCAGAGUUGAGGUAUUUUACAAGUGUGAUGUGCUGAGUUUGGCAUAGAUAAACAUCCAAAAAAAUUGAAAUACCCUAAAGAGUAGCAACAACACACUUGUUAAUUCAAGGCUGCUGGAUUUGCAAAAGUCCCAAUUUAAAAUAAUCACUGUGUUCAGUAUCAACUUCAAUUUCAAUGUCACCCUAGCAUUUAAAGUGUCUGUUCAUUGAUUUUCCUAAGGCUAUUGAAGGAUUAAAACUGGAACCUAGUUCCACGUAACCUCCUUUGUUAUAGCCAUAUGACAUUCUAAACAACAAAGGAUUUCUGCUUUACUGUUGUCUACUAUGUAAUUUUGUGUAGUGCUGUGGCGAGUCUUCACAAAGGUAUAUCUAUAUAUUUGGUAACUUAAAAUUCACCCAAGAAAUGAAAUCAGUUAUUGCAAUCUGAAAUGUAUUUUCAGGAAAUUUAGCUGGGUGUUGUGUUACACAUUGUUUUCAUCUUGUCUGGGAAUAUGUCGAGAUUAAUGAAGAUGCAUGCCUUAUGAUGUAGCAGAACCUUAAUUUUAUACACUCCGUUUUAGGCACUCUGUUUUAAAGUGAAAUCAUGAAUACAUUAAAGUUGAUCUGUUGUGCA